AUGGCUGGAGAUUCGCUAUACGCCAAAACGCAGCGUAUCGUGCUCCUCAUAGAUCUCAAUCCGCUUCUGGUCACACCCAAUACGGAGCAAUACCUAGCCGUCGUACUCUCCGCCGCCGAGAAGUUUCUCUCGUUUCCUCCUCUCUCCGCUUCUCUUUUCUCUUUCAAGUUCUUCCUCUCUUCUCUUUCUUCUCUCUUGUCUUCCUCGAAGCUCUCUGAACUCUCAAUUUCAUCUUCUAAACUUUCAUUUGACCUCCCUAGCCCUACACUCGUCUCUCUCAGACGCGCCAUCGACGCGGUCAAACGAUGCGAGCUUCGAUUUACUUCCACGGCGGCAACGCCUCGUGGUAUCAACGUCGCGGCGUCUUUGCGACAGAUCGUUUACGAUUACGCUUGGGAGCCUGUGGUUCGAGAUCCUGAGAUAGGUAUGAUUCCUGGAUUUACGGAUCGUGGGUUAGAGAUCGUUAGGUCGAAUUUGGUCGUGAUGUUUUCCCCAAUUUCUACGGAUUUGAAUUGGGUUUCUGAGUUUUUGGAUGUUAAGAGUGGCGAUGAGUGUUUGAGCGACUUGGAUCUGUUCAAGUCAAAGUUAGGGGAGAUUUUUGACUGUGUGAAUGACUUAUUUGAUGAUAGAGAUAUUCUCUUAAGCUGGAUUGAUGUGAAAUCUGGAGAUAGCUUUGGUGAAAGAAGCGAAUUGGGAUUAAAGUCUGGGUUUUUCGAUAGUGGAAUUAGAGAAUUGGGUUGGGGACAUUGUUCUACGGAUUCAAUUGUUUUUGGUUCUUUAAUCGUUCCCUUUGGAUUAAUAUAUCCAACAAUUGGUAUUCGCUCAAAGCUAUCUACUAGCCAACACUUCACAGUUCAGGCCAGUCUCGAGAUUGCAGAUAUUAAUGGUAAACCUAUGGAAUGCAAGUGCGGUGAGCUAGAGUUUUCUUCUUCUGAAAUAUCUAGUGGGAAGAGGUGUAGUGAGUUCAUCAGCUUGGGUAGUACACCUGAGGAGCCCCAUUCAGACUCUCUAGUUGAGCAAUUCUGCGAUGGUGUCACCAAACUCAGUAUUAAAGCCUUGAGGAUGUGUGAUGAUCUUAUCGAACUCGAUAGGUAUACUUGCGGUAGUUUUGUUGUUCAUGAAGUCUACCAUGAAUCUGAGCAAGAGCAGGAGCAGGAGAGUGGGUUUUGGGCUGAUCGGGUCCUUCAGAUACUAGAGAAGGAGUCGGGUGAGAAAGUAGCGAAAAAGUCAUCACCUAUUUGGCAGGUCUUGUUAAGUUAUCUCUACAGGGAAGGUUACUCAGCUUCGGUAUCUCUAACGAAUAGUAAUGGUAGUUCACGGACAGGAAUCCUCAAGCCAUUUACUCUGUCCUCGGCUUUAAUCUGUGUUUUUGACAAUGAAGUCUCUCCUCAAACUGUGGAUCAUGAAGAUAGCAGUAAGAAAGUCAGUUGUUGCGAAUCUAAAAGAAAGCCAAGCAAAAAGAUUCUGAACUCACUUCAUGAUAUUAGCUGGGAGGAGUUCUGCAGAUCGGUGAAAGGUUAUGGUCAAAUAGAUCUAGAGGAUGUAUAUUUUUCCAAGUUUAGCAAGUCGAAGAAAUUUAAGUUUCUGAAAUGUUGGAUGAAACAGAUUAAGAAACGGAGGGGUUGCAGCUUAUCCGUGGCUAAGAAUUGCAAUGCACAUGAGCAUGUGGAAGCAGAACCAAUUGAGAAAAAGCUUAACUCAUCUGAAGAGACAGAAAAGACUAUCUCUUUACCUGUAUCUGAGGAUGAGAUUGCUUUGAGUGGAAAUCGUAUAUCCGUUAGGCAGGAGAAUGAUACAUCUGUUUAUGCGUCAGAGUCAUCAGAAAAUUUCUUUGCUAGUCUUCCUAGUAAAAUCAAGCAAGGGAUUGAGUCUGAGGAAAUAGACUUGGCAGCUCUGGCCGAGCGGCUUGUCAAGUCAUGUGUCCUUCAUUCCUCUCAAAGACUUGAGAAGGAUUAUAGCUGUGAGAGUGGAACCCUCUUGUUGGUCACUGAUGAGCUAUCCAAGAUGUUAUUGAAAGAACCGAAAGAUUUAGUUGCUAAGUUUAAAAAGAAACAUUCUUCAUCCACGGCAAGUGAGCAGACGUCUGAUGAAGCUGCACCCAGUAGCAUCAUAAGAGAAUACGAGCUGCAGAUUCUUUUCCGAAUGGAGAUUCUAAGAUCAGAGAUAGGUUCGGGAAGUGAGGAGUCUGUGACUCAGAAGUUUGCAAAACAGAUCUGUAUGCUACUGGAGGCCAUUCAGUGCAAGUUAGACGGUGGAUUCUUUAGUGACUGGAGCCUUGAUAAGUAUGUGGACAAAACUAUAAAAGCCAGGUAUCAUCAUAUUCUUCCAGAAGCUGUCAGUUUAAUUUAUACAGAGAUGGAUCUGCUUAUGUUCAGUGACGAGGAUCUUGAAGACAGUUUCAUGAACAAUGAAGACAGUAGUCAAUCAGGGAGAGAAAACAUCCAUAGCAAUCUCAAGAGUCAUCAACGUAGUCAAAGAAGUAAAGACGUUCCCGGUACGAGUAAGAAGACCUUUUUGCAGAAAGACACCAAGGAGUGCAGAGAAGGUAAGAAAGAGGUUGAAGCACAAGAAAGGAGAGAAAGAGCUAGAAGAUUCUCGAGUUUCACGAGCUGGAUGCCUGAUCUUUGUAGAGUUUGGGCACCGAAACAAGCGAAGAACUCUAAAGACAAAGCGGAUCAGCAGAAGAGAGUGACCAAAAGGAAGAAAGAACAAAGAUCAGUGGAAUAUGACAGUGUAUGUGAAACACCAGUGACAACAGAUAACAAACGAACACGAACUGGUAACAAUGAUGGACACGAAUUAUGUGGGACACCUCGUAGUUCAGUACCAAAAGCUUUGUUUCAGGAUGAUUCCUAGGUAAACAGUUUCUCCUUUGUAUAUUUUAAACACUUGAAACUGGAAUUAAGUACAUUGAAG